UCAUAAUUAAAUUUAUUCAAUGAUCAAUAUAAAUAACGAUUUCUGCCUUUGCGACGUCUCUGUCCAGUUCCAACAGCAUCAGUUAUUACAACCAAUGUCUCAGCAAGAGCAGCCUCAGUGGAGGACUGGAUGGGAGCCUCAACUGUCACUUUCUCAGUUCAACCAAAGCCAGUACUCAGCUGUUCCAGCAAUCGGAAGAGUGCCUUACACUUGCCAGAAACAAGUCAAAACUAUUCACACAUAUGACUUCUCAAAACAUCAAAAGAAGCUGAAGGCUAAGCUGUGCCCAUUGCUGGGAACUGGCCUUGCAUUCGUCACAGCCAAGAAGAAGGCCAACCUGUGUAAGGGUAAGAAAGUGAGCAAGAGAAGGUCCAAGUACACCGGAGUCACCAAGAACUCAAUCAACUACCAGACUCUUAUUGUGGUGAGAGGCAAGAAGACUUACGUGGGUUCGUUUCCACUCGAGCUGGAUGCAGCAAUCACCUUCGACUUUUACUCACUGAUGCUGCAUAGCGACAAAGCACCUACCAACUUUGCUUGGAAGGCCGAAGACAUCCUUGAAAUGGUGGAGAGCUUCAACUUAAACGGAGGAGUGUUUGAGCCAGCCAGGUUCCAUUCCAAGCUUAUUAAUUCAUCAUAAAUUUACCCUGAAACAUUUUCUGGAACUAGUUUCCUAUUUUAAGCUAAAUUUCUCUUUCUUCCACUAAAAUUUCGAUGAGUAAUACCAAUUGACUAUCAGCCUUUGUAGACUCACUAGCUUAGUUCUCAGAUAUACCAAUCUCACUUUGUCAUUACAAAGAGCUGUCUCAGCUAGUAAGAUAACUAGUAAAUUUUGUGUCUAAAAGAGGCAGAAAUAUAAUGGGCCAUUAAUCACUAUUUUUCCUGGAACUCUAUAUGCCUGGGGCUCAUAGGAAGUUUCCACGAUACCAAGACCUAGCAAUGUAAACUCUCUCUUGCUCCUUGCUUAAAGCUCUAGCCUUGUUCAAGAACCUUUAGAAAUUUCGAGUUGGGUUUCUAAGUUACUCCUGAAAAUUGUGAGUAUGCUCAGAAAUUAUGAAAAAAGUGGAGACUUAUUUUAGAAGAUUUUGAGGAAAUUUUAGAGCCAUUUCGUAUUAUUGGUGACAUAGGAAAUACAGUAGGGCCAUAUCAGCAGAAGGCGGGUUAUUUUUAUCUAAAAAUUCUGAAAGUUAUUCAUAGGUUUUCACCGCGGUGGAAAUAUCAGUUUACUCACAUUUUGAACUAACUUUAUUAUAAAAAUUUGCUUUUGCUUUCUACCUGAAAGAUUGCUUAGCCAAGGUUGCUGAUCCCAAUUUUUAUCAGAAACCUCAGGGCUGUAAGCAGCCUAAUAUUGCUGAUAAAAUUUCUGUUAAUUAUAAUUUACUAUAGUUUCGAACAUUUCAAAUUUGUUCAUGGAGACGUACUACCUAAGCCCUUGCUUGUAGCUUUCCUCAAGAGUUAUAGCUGAUUUCCCAGAGCCUAUAGAGAACUCUUUAAAUUUAUUAAUUCAAAGACAAUGGGCAAGCCCAGGUGCAUAAAUUCUUCAAGGACGGUGGAAGCAUCAGCUGCAGGCAAACCCUGUGCAUAUAUCAGGCUAUCAGAAUCCAAAUGGGAGUAACUCUGGACAAUAGGGCUAUGUUAAGCCAGAUUACUGAUAUAUAGAAGGAUUAAUGAAACACAUCCAGAAUUUACCCCAUGAAGUUACCUUCAUAACUUCUUGUGACUAAAAGUUCUGAUCCAUUCGUCUUCUAAGGCAUCGCUUGAGAUAAAUAACUUUAAGCGACCUUUUUACAUAACUUUCAUACACUUCAUUGGGAGAAAAUCAUUUAUUUAGCCUCAUAUUUUCUUGCUAAUCUGAAGACCUGGUUGUUAAUAAAAAUAAAGAGGUCUUAUAAUACCCAAGCAUACUUUAUUGGCAAUGAUACUU